AGAGAAAAGGAAUUGAGGGUACUACUCUAGGCAGCAGACAUUGUUUGGUCUCGGUAACUGGUAAGAGAUGCCAGAUGAAGAUUACUUUUCUGUAUACGUCCACACAAAGAGACCAAGGCCCAUAAUUUUUUGAACACAUCAUUCUUCGUUUCAAGCGUGUAUAUAAGCACCAAAGAGGGUGUGGAACCAGAGGUCACCAGCAUAUCUUGUCCAAACCUCGCGAGCUGGCCUGAGACUGAGAGAGGCCGGCAAUGGAGAUCGAGAGAGAAGCGCCGGGCAGCGAGAGAGCGCGGAGCUGGCGAACAACUACAUCGCAAGAUCAGGAUACCAAGAAGCUCGAGGACAGUGAGCAGAUCAUCAAGAGGCCUUCGUGGAAAAGGUUCCUUGCCCAUGUUGGACCAGGGUUCAUGGUGUCCUUGGCCUACUUGGAUCCUGGCAAUUUAGAAACGGACCUGCAAGCCGGCGCCAAUCACAGAUACGAGCUCCUUUGGGUGAUUCUGGUUGGCCUCAUCUUCGCGCUGAUCAUACAAUCACUAGCUGCUAACCUUGGCGUGGUGACAGGGAGGCAUCUUGCGGAGAUAUGCAAGAGCGAGUAUCCAAAGUUUGUUAUGAUCUGCCUAUGGCUCCUUGCGGAGGUAGCCGUGAUCGCUGCAGACAUCCCAGAAGUUAUAGGGACGGCCUUCGCUUUCUACCUCCUGUUCGGCAUCCCCGUGUGGAUCGGCGUUCUCAUCACCGGCUCCAGCACGCUCCUCCUCCUUGGCCUCCAAAGAUACGGGGUGCGAAAGCUGGAGUUCGUGGUGUCGAUGCUGGUGUUCGUCAUGGCGGCAUGCUUCUUCGGGGAGAUGAGCAUCGUGAAGCCUCCAGCCAAGGAAGUCCUGAAAGGGCUCUUCAUCCCCAGGCUCAAGGGAGACGGCGCCACCGCCGACGCCAUUGCCCUCCUUGGAGCUCUUGUUAUGCCGCACAACCUGUUCUUGCAUUCGGCGCUGGUGCUCUCGAGGAAAACUCCGGCAUCGGUCAGAGGAAUCAAGGAUGCUUGCAGUUACUUCCUCUACGAGAGCGGUUUCGCGUUGUUCGUGGCGCUGCUCAUCAACAUCGCCGUCGUCUCCGUCUCCGGGACGGUUUGCUCCGGGGACAACCUUUCUCCCGGCGACGCCGACAAAUGCAGCGAUCUCAGCCUGGAUAACUCCUCCUUUCUGCUCAAGAACGUGCUGGGCAGGUCGAGCUCGAUCGUGUACGGCGUGGCGCUGUUAGCCUCAGGGCAGAGCUCCACCAUUACCGGCACAUACGCUGGCCAGUACAUCAUGCAGGGGUUCCUGGACAUCAGGAUGAAGACGUGGAUGAGGAACCUGAUGACGCGGUGCAUCGCCAUUGCGCCGAGCCUGGUCGUCUCAAUCAUCGGCGGCUCCAAUGGCGCCGGCCGUCUCAUCAUCAUCGCAUCGAUGAUACUGUCCUUCGAGCUGCCCUUUGCGCUCAUCCCGCUUCUCAAGUUCAGCAGCAGCACCAGCAAGAUGGGCCCGCACAAGAACUCCAUCUACAUCAUCGUGUUCUCGUGGACGCUUGGGCUGAUGCUGAUCGGCAUCAACGUUUACUUCCUGAGCACGAGCUUCGUGGGGUGGCUCAUCAACAACUCGCUGCCAAAGUACGCCAACGUUCUCGUCGGCGUCGCCGUGUUCCCUCUCAUGCUCGUCUACCUCAUCGCCGUCAUUUACCUCACCUUCAGGAAGGACACCGUUAUCACCUUCGUCGCCGACUCCGGCGACGCAGAGAAGGCCGGUAAUGGCGCUGCCGGGGUCGACGACGACGAGCCACCGGUGCCCUACCGUGAGGACCUGGCAGACAUUCCACUCCCGGCCCACGGUGCCCCCCGGCCGGCAGAGGCUAGCUAGAGAUUGAGUUUUUUUUUAGUGUUCUGUGGAUAUAUAUACAUGGUAUAGUAAACAUAUGUACUUCACGUUGAGAUGACACGUACAUUCGUGUCAACCGUUCGUUCAUCCUUGUAACGCUGGCGCUUAAUUCAUUAGGGUUUUGCAAUUGUGAUAUGUGUAUGGAAAGUGUAUCCGGAUGUGUGGUGCCCAAAGCUCCUGGUGUCAUCGACAAAUGCAUGAGUUGGCAAAUGGAAUGAAAUUGAAUGCCUCAUAUUGCUGAU